AUGUCCGAGUACAGCUCUCAAACAUCUUCACACCCAAGCGGUUCGGGUCGCCAUCAUCACCGUCGUGAUGAUAACGGGCCUCCAUUACAGCCAUUACAGCCACAGAAUAUCAAUCCUUCGAAUAGAAUUGGAAAGUAUCAAAUAGUGAAGACUCUUGGUGAGGGCUCAUUCGGCAAAGUGAAACUGGCGUACCAUGUGACGACCGGUCAGAGGGUGGCUUUGAAGAUUAUCAACAGAAAAACUCUGGCAAAGUCCGACAUGCAGGGCAGAAUUGAGAGAGAAAUAUCCUACUUGAGACUUCUGAGACACCCACACAUCAUCAAGCUUUACGACGUGAUCAAGUCCAAAGACGAUAUCAUUAUGGUGAUCGAGUACGCAGGAAAACAGGAGUUGUUUGAUUACAUCAUUCAAAGAGGAAAAAUGGACGAAUCUGAGGCAAGAAGGUUUUUCCAGCAGAUAAUAGCUGCUGUAGACUACUGUCACAGACAUAAGAUUGUGCAUAGAGACCUGAAACCGGAGAAUCUUCUUCUGGAUGACCAGCUGAACGUGAAGAUUGCUGAUUUUGGAUUGAGCAAUAUAAUGACGGAUGGUAACUUCUUGAAGACGAGUUGUGGCUCCCCAAAUUAUGCUGCUCCAGAGGUGAUUUCCGGUAAGUUGUAUGCUGGUCCAGAGGUUGAUGUCUGGUCCUGCGGUGUCAUUUUGUACGUGAUGUUGUGUGGACGUUUACCAUUUGAUGACGAGUUCAUUCCUGCUUUGUUCAAAAAGAUCAGCAAUGGUGUUUACACGCUACCAAGCUACCUUUCGGAUGGUGCUAAGCAUCUGCUCACCAAGAUGCUGGUAGUGAACCCUCUCAACCGUAUCACCAUCCGCGAGGUUAUGGAGGACGAAUGGUUCAAAGUGGACUUUCCCGAGUAUUUACUUCCGCAAGAUCAGAAGAAGCAAAAGUUCAUGGAGCUCGACGAAGACGUGAUAAAUGCCUUGAAGCAGACCAUGGGUUACGGCAGAGACGAAAUCGUGGAGGCCUUGAAAGCGGGCCAUCGCCAGGAAACAGAUGAAAUUCUGGACGCUUACGAGCUGAUGAAGGAGAAUAAGAUCUUGGUAGACGACUUAAAGAAAAGCUCGUCCAACAUGGAUCAAUUUCUGUCCAAAUCGCCUCCAAACUCGUGGUCUGGAAUGGCUUCAGCACAAGCCCUAUCUGCACCUAAAGAGAAUUCUAUUGCAUACCAGGCAUUGUCACCUACACUGGAUCCUUCGAAUGCACCAACAACCACGAUUGCCAUCCUGCCGUCGUCCUUGCCUCAGAUUCACAGAGCGUACAUGAUCAACGCUCUGCAACAGCAGGGAGCUCAGACGGCCAAGAUCAACCCCGUCUCUGCCAAAAAGUCCAAGACCAGAUGGCAUUUUGGAAUAAGAUCCAGAUCGUAUCCUUUAGAUGUCAUGGGUGAAAUUUAUCGUGCUUUGAAAAGUUUGGGGGCAGAAUGGGUGAAGCCUUCGGAUGAGGAGCUAUGGACUAUAAAGGUGAGAUGGAGAUACACACCAGGAACCCUACAAACCGAAGAAACGACACCCGCUAUUACCGAGCUCAUGAGAAUGCAUAUCCAGCUUUUCCAGCUGGAGCCCAACAAUUAUUUGGUGGAUUUCAAGUUUGACGGUUGGGAGAACCCCAGUGACCCAGAGGGUGCUCCGCUGAUGGCAGCUAAGGAUGAGGAUGAGAUCAGUUCGUUCUCGGCAUAUCCCUUCUUGCAUUUGGCCACACGCUUAAUUAUGGAGCUGGCUGUGAAUAGCCAGGGCUCGUAA